GUUGAUGUCUGCCUGCUCAGCUGAGAGGAUGCGUGAAGACUUGCUACUCCUCUUUAUUCAUGCAUUCACGCAUUACGGCGUCUCGCUCGAUGCGCUCGAGGACUUCGCGCUUCGCGCGUCUCAUGCGUUCGACGUCCGGGUUACCGUGGCGCGCAACGCCAGCGCGCUCACCUGCUUCGUCAGCGAGCGCGUCGGCGAACGGCCGUACGUCCGUGUCGCGAGCCCGCUCUUGCGACGUACGGUCCCGCAGGGUCUGAGCGAGGUCCAGCGGAUGUACGACGCCGUUGUCGACCAGCGCGUGCGCGUGCCCGAGGCCGGCAGGAGGCUCGCGCACAUGUGCACGAAGUCGGCGAUGCACUAUCCCGUGGUGUACAUCGGCUUUGCUUCAGUGCUCGCUGGUGUAAUGUGCCUGGUUUUGUUUGGUGGGUCGAUGGACGACAUUCUCCGUGCGGUGGUUGGAUCAUUUGUGUUGGGGUGUGUCCAGUUGGUCCUGUGCAGGGUGAGCCCUUGGGUUGCGGAAUUCUUUGAGUAAGUUCCUUCUGUCAGGUGAAGACGAAUGCAG